AAUCAUGGGGAGCGUGUAAGUAGGCUAAAAUACCUAAGACCGUAUACAGUAGACACACAAAAAAACACACCCACACACCCACAACAACACUUGGCAAUAUACCCAAUAGCCAAUAAUUUCAUCGCCUCCCUAAACAACAGCAGGGAGUCUGAUCAGAGGACUCUUGUCUUGAAUGAAAUAACUGGAGAAUUUUAUCAAGAAGAAGCUGCAGAGAACAAGCAAGAAGAUUCCAAAUCACCAUCUCAACCAACUGACGAAUCUGGCGAGGAAUGCAAGGAGGAAGAUUCAGCCUCAAGACUUCAAGAAGAUUCGGAUAAGGAGAAUAAAUCGCCGAAUCAAUCCCAAAAUCCUGAAGGAGUAGAUGAUAAAGCCACCGAAACAGGCGAAAUAGAUAAUAAAUCACUCCCUGAUCCUCCCGAAAAGUUCGAGCUUAAGGGACAACCCAAAAACGCAGAAGCUGUAGAGGAGAACAAGAAAGAAGAUCCAAAAUCACCAUCUCAACCAAUCGACAAAACUGGCGAGGAAUGCAAAAAGGAAGCAUCAGACUCUCAAGGACUUCAAGAAGAUUUGAAUAAAGAGAAUAAAUCGCCGACUAUAUCUCCCAAUCCGGAGGGAGUAGAUGAUAAAGCAACCGUAAAGGGCGAGAAAAUCACUGAUAAUAAAUCACACGCUGAUCCUCCCGAAAAAGACGGGCUUGACGGACAACCUAAAAACACACAAAGCAAGUGCAGCGAUAUCGAGUCGAAAGAGGAUAAUCCAAAGACUAGGAACCUCAAAGGGAGUUUAAGCGAUUGUGUUAGUGAAGACCAGCAGCAGUCACCCAAAUCGUCUGAAACAAAAUCAGUAAGCGAGGAAAACCAGAGAAAUAGAACAGAAUCGCACCGAGAAUCGGACUAUUCCGAAACUUCCGGAGGCGAAAAAGAACCCCCCAGGAGCAGUGAAGUAUCGCACGUAGAAUCUUCAUAUUCCGAGAGUUCCGGAGGCGAGUUACACCUUAGAUCUAAUAAAGUAUCUCACCGAGAAUCGGCAGGUUAUACAAGUACCGAUAGCGGGGAAGAAAUCCUCAGACACGCAAAUAUCGGCCCCGGAGGCCUAAAAGAAACCCCCAGGCGCAGAAAACUAUCGCUCCGAGGAUCGGCAUAUUCCGAAAGUUCCGUACGCAAAAAAGAAACCCGCAGCCGCUGGGAAGUAUCGCACCGAGGAUCUUCAUAUUCCGACAGUUCCGGAGCCGAGGAAGACCGCAGAUCUAGGAAAGUAUCCUACCGAAGACCCGCAGGUUUUGCAAGAUCCGGAGGCAAAAACGAAACCCCCAGACGCAGGGAAGCAUCAUACGGAGAAUCGGCAUAUUCCGAAAGUUCCAGGCGGAAAAAAGAAACCCCCAGGCGCAGGGAAGUAUCGCCCCGAGAAUCUUCAUAUUCCGAGAGUUGCGGAAGCGAGGUAGACCGCAGAUCUAGGAAAGUAUCGUAUCGAAAACCAGCAGACUUUACAAGAACCGCAGGCAAAAAAGAAACCCCCAGGCGCAGGGAAGUAUCACACGGAGAAUCUUCAUAUUCCGUAAGUUCCAGAGCCGAAGAAGACCGCAGAUCUAAGAGAGUAUCGCGCCGAGAAUCGGGAUAUUCCGAAAGUUCCGGAGGUAAAAAAGAAACCUCCAAGCGCAGGGAAUUAUCGCACCGAAAAUCGGCAUACUCCGAAAGUUCCAGGCAGAAAAAAGAAACCCCCAGGUGCAGGGCAGUAUCGCAUCGAGAAUAUUCAUACUUCGAGAGUUCCGAAGUAUCGCACCGAAAACCGACAGAUUCCGCAAGUACUAGAGGCAAAAAACAAACUCCCAGACGCAGGGAAGUAUCGAACGGACAAUCGGCAUAUUCCGAAAGUUCCGGAGGCAAAAAAGAAACCCCCAGGCGCAGGGAAGUAUCGCCCCGAGCAUGUUCAUAUUCCGAGAGUUUCAGAAGCGAGGAAGACCGCAGGUCUAAAGUAUCUCACCGAGAAUCGGGAUACUCCGAAAGUUCCAGAGGCCAAAAAGAAAGGCCAGAAUCUUCAUAUUCGGAGAGACCCAGAAGCGAGGAAGACCACAGAUCUAGAGAAGUAUCGCACCGAGAAUCUUCAUAUUCCGAGAAAUCCGGAGGAGAGGAAGACCGCAAAUCUAGGAAAGUAUCUCACCGAGAAUUUGCAUAUUCCGAAAGUUCCGGAGGUAAAACAGAAACCCUCAGGCGCAGGGAAAUAUCGCACCGAGAAUCUUCAUAUUCCGAGAGUUCCGGAGGCGAGGAAGCGUAUUAUCACAGAUGUAAGGGAUCCACAUCGAACGUUGAAAAAGUAAGGUGCUCUAAGCGGAAACGUGAUUCUUCAGAAGGCGAAGAAGAGCAGCAACAGUCCCGUGCUUUAGCUUCACGUUCUUCAUCUUCUUCAACAAUUUCUUUGAUACAAUACUCUGAAAACGAGGUACAGAUACCCAGAUAUAGGGAAUUGUCGCAAAGCGAACAGGCGUACGAUCAGAGCCGUAACGGAUCCACAUCAAACGGUGAACAAGAAAGGGGUUCUAAGCGGAAACGUGAUUCUUCAGAAGGCGAAGAAGAGCAGCAACAGUCCCGAGCUUUAGCUUCACGUUCUUCAUCUUCUUCAACAAUUUCUUUGAUACAAUACUCUGAAAACGAGGUACAGAUACCCAGAUAUAGGGAAUUGUCGCAAAGCGAACAGGCGUACGAUCAGAGCCGUAACGGAUCCACAUCAAACGGUGAACAAGAAAGGGGUGAUUCUUCAGAAGGCGAAGAAGAGCAGCAACAGCCACGAGAUUUAGCUUCACGUUCUUCAUCUUGGCCAAUACGUUUAAUAAUAUUUUCAGCACCUUCCUCGGCAGACGAGAAAUACGCAUCUCUCUUUGUCACACAGUCUGACACGGAAGGCGAACCCAGAGCAAGUUUCAACAGAGUUAGGUACUAUAUAAAACAAAGUAAUCAAAGUAAACCACCGGAAAGUGAAGCCGAACGCAGAGCAAGUUUCAACAGAGCGUUGAGGUAUAUAAAAAGGAUAUAUAAACGCUUACCACGUUUACCACCACCGGAAAGUGACGAAGAGCAGACAUCCGAUAGCGAGAGCGAGCAGACAUCCGAAAGCGAGAGCGAGCAGACAUCCGAAAGCGAGAGCGAGCAGGAGUCAUCAUCAUCGUACUCAUCAUCGUCAUCAUCAUCGUCAUCUGAAGCUCAUCCGCAAGAAGCUCCAGGUGGGGUACCAAAUUCCAGGGAUUCGUCCAACUUCAGAUAUAUUGAAUUACCGGCCUUGCCGGACAGCGAUAACGAAAGCGAACGCGUGUUGGCAGCAGCGGCGCCUUUACCAUUAACUUCACCCUCAUCGUCGACCUCACCUUCAACCUCGACUUUAGCUUCAGCUUCAAAUCCGCAUUUACAAACACCUCGUCCUUCACCUCCACCUCCUUCUCUUGCUUCACCUCGACGUGUAAUUAAACGACGUUAUUCUCUAAACGAUCAACGUCUAUGCAAAUCCGCCCGUGGUUUUGAUCUUUUUGGAUCAGACAACAAAGAUUGUUUGGUGCCUGAAAACGGAACGCCAUUCAAGAGAAGAAAAAAAUCUGGUCAGCAGCACUCUACACCUUCAAAAAGUCCAUUAUUGGAAGUUGAGGAACGCAAAGACGAUUCGGUGAACGAGGAGAAAGAAAAGCAAAAUCCGAACAAACCAAGAAAACGUGACGAUAACGAUCCUGAUACGGAUUCGAACGGACCUCCCGGAGCUUUAAGGACCGAGCAACAACCAGUGGAGCAACCUAGACAAAAGACCGAGCAACAACAAGAGAAGGAACCAAAACAAGGUGAAGUUGGAGACAGCCGAGACUCGGCUGCUGGCGAGGACGAUCAGGUUCCGGAUAUUAAGGAGGUGGAAACUCAAAAUAUUACUGUAAAGGAGAAUCCACCAAAGUCAGACCUUAAAGUAAUAGUACAAAAGGAAAAGCUGAUCCUUGAAAUAGUUAAUGUUGGCAAUGAAGUGUUCAAACUGGCAUCAGUAGCGUUCAACAAAAAGAGUUCGUUUUUUCCAACUAUUCCUGAGAAGAAUAUUUCGCUUGAAUCGAAACUUGACUUAGUUACCCGAGGAAUCCUAAAAGUCAAGGAAUCGUUCGGGCCGGCAUAUUUAGCACGACGCAACUUGAUUGAACAAAACUUUUCGUCUGAGGUGGUAGCUCCAACUGUUCUUGAAUAUUUAAACAUUGAUAUAAUACGUAAGCUAAUCUCUAAAAUAAAGGAAGCAGACAGGCUGUUAGGUAAAGCACGUCUGCUCGGUAAAGAGAAUCAAGAGUAUCAGCAGAAGCAACCGCAGCAAGUGCAGGAACAGCAGGAUCAGCAGGAACAGCAAGAACAGCAGGACCUGCUGCAACAGCAGAACCAGCAACAGAAUCAGGAGCAACUUCAGCAACAGCAGGAACUGCAUCACGAGCAACAACUUCAGCAACAGCAGGAACUGCAUAACGAGCAACAUCUCCAGCAACAGCAACAUCUGCGACAUCUGCAGCAACAGCAGGAACUGCAACAACAGCAGCAACUGCAGCAAGAACAACAACAGCAGAUACUGCAUCAACAGCAACAACUGCAAGAACAACAACAACUGCAGCAACAGCAACAACUGCAAAGCCUGCAGGAACAGCAACGAAUCCAGGAACAACAGCAACUGCAGCAACAGCAGCAGCUCCAGCAACUGCAGCAACAACAGCUGCAGAAGCAGAUUGUCCUGGAAAGAGUGCGCCAGCAGAGGGAGCUGCACCGUUUGCAACAAGACCAGGUAGAGCGGGAGCGGCAAUCUCGCCAGGAAGAGAAGCUGAGGCGCUUGGAACUGGAACGAAACUUAGAGAAGCGUAAGGAAGACUACGAGCGCCAGCUGCGCCUGCAGCGCGAGCAGCAGCAGGUGGCGGAACUUAGGCAGCGGGACCUGUACCAGGAUCGGCCUAGCAAGCCACUGCCGCAGCGCAAGCCAGAGCUCAUGCAAAACGAAAUGGUCAGCAUCCCGGUGGCCAACUUAAACGGCGGCCUUAAGGCGGCCAGCAGCGGUUCCGGAGUAGGUGUGGUGACAUCCGGCGGUGUCGUCUCCUCGGCGGUGCUGGCCAAUGCCCCCCGUGUUUACCUAACGCCCUCGUCUACAUUUAUGGCCAAUCGCCAGGUUUCGGCGGGCGUGGCGGCCACCGGAAAGAUCACCGGAUCGGUGGUCGGCGCAUCAUCCGGCGUCAACGCGUCAACCGCCGGUACUGUUCGCUACUUUUCGCAAUUCAGCAAAGUGCAAACGGCAGGUGGACCCAGUUUGCAAAGGAAACUGGUCAACGGGGAUACAAUUGUGCUGGCAAACGGCAACAAGAGUCUGUUCCUCACCAGCAACAGCAGCAGCGACAAGGGUGCGCCCACGAGCGUCGCCACCAAUGGCAAUAGCUUGCACACGGCCAAAACGGAACUCUUGGAGGAGGAGGGCGUGCAGCCGGGAACUGUGAUCGAGGAGGUGCACGAUGACGAAGAUGGGGAGGAGAGCAGUCACACUGCCAAAUCCAGUGGGGAUCAGCAGCCGCAGGAGCAGCCCUUGGCACUGACCACCGCGUCCAACGACGGCAACGCCACCGACGAUGAGCCCGAGCUGGAUAUUGUGAUCAACAAUGUGGUCUGCUCGUUUAGCGUGGGCUGCCAUCUGAAGCUGCGGGAGAUUGCCCUGCAGGGCGCAAAUGUGGAGUACCGUCGCGAGAACGGAAUGGUGACCAUGAAACUGCGCCAUCCGUACACCACGGCAUCGAUUUGGUCGUCGGGAAGGAUCACCUGUACUGGUGCCACCUCGGAGGCUAUGGCCAUGGUUGCAGCUCGUCGCUAUGCUAGGUGCUUGGGCAAGCUUGGAUUUCCCACUCGUUUCCUGAAUUUCCGCAUCGUCAACGUGCUGGGCACCUGCAGCAUGCCGUGGGCCAUCAAGAUCGUCAACUUUUCGGAGCGUCACCGCGAGAACGCCAGCUACGAGCCGGAGUUGCAUCCCGGUGUGACAUACAAAAUGCGCGAUCCCGACCCAAAGGCCACCCUCAAGAUCUUCUCCACCGGCAGCGUUACCGUCACGGCGGCCAGUGUCAGCAAUGUGGAAUCGGCUAUCCAGCACAUUUACCCCCUCGUCUUUGAGUUCCGGAAGCAGCGUUCGCCGGAGGAGCUGCAGCACCUGCGGCAGAAGCAACGCCUGCAGGGCGGCGGCGAUCCGACCGAACUGGAGAAGCAGGUCGUCUCCGAGAACAAGGCGGCGGGCCUGGAUAAUAUCUUUAUUAACACAACGGCGGCGCACUCGAAGCCAUCGGCGAAUGAGAAUACGCCAGCCACCUCGGGCAUCUUGACCAGCCACAUUGAUAGUAUGCAGCGCCUGAAGCAGGUCGAGAACUACCACCAACUGAUGACGAUGACGCAAGAUGAGCGCCGUCACAUACCCUUCCAGGGGGAGAAGGUCAACUCGGCCUCGACCUCGGCGGCGGCAGCAUCUGCCUCCACGUCCUCCGCCUCGUCGGGAGAUAAUAUCUGUGCCAAUGCCCGUCGCCGGGCCACCGAAUGCUGGGCCACCAAGCUGCAGAACAAGCGGCCGCGUUACAAUGAUCCCGGCACCACGGGACCCAUUAAUGCCUCGGCAUCCUCCCCAGCUUUAACCUCGUACAAUGCUGCCUCCUCAUCAUCAUCAACACCGGCCUCUCAGGCGCCACACCUGCGUACUAAUCCCCUCAAGACGGCCGCCCUGGCCAAUGCCCGUAUGCGUGGCGCCAAGGUGUCAACGGGCAUGGUGCUCAAACCGGGCACACGGAUGGCGCCCAUCGGUGGCUACUUGCAACAGCAGCAGCAGCAACAGCAACAACAGCAGCAGCAGCUGCAGCAUCAGCAGCUGCAGCAGCAGCAGCAGCAGCAGCUACAGCAGCAGCACAAGGUGCGCCAGACAAAUUACUCGCCCAGCGAGUUCGAUGUGGAUGACCUGAUCGAGGAGGAGGAGAGCAACGAGUUGGACAUGCCGUAUUGAGCUAGCGCUGACCAUGCCAAAACAUUUAUAGCUUAAGUGCUAAAUCGAUGGAAAACCAAACAACACGCCACACAACAGAACAAAACAAAAGAAAACACUAAGCUUUUCCCCGAUUUUGUUGGUUCUUUGUUUAAGCCACUUUUCAUCACACUUUUGUUUUUGUAUUCGCCGCAUUUAAAACGAACUCGAGGAAAGCCGGAACCACCGGUCCCAGGAGCGAAAACAAAAGGAAGAACGAAACGCAAUCAAAACACUUUAAUCCAAAGCGAAACAAAAUAUUCCCAUCAAGCAACACCAACAAAACAGCAGCAGCAACAACAAAAUUAAGAGCCAAAUAUUUAACUUAUAAGAUUUACGUUUAAACGACUUUGUAACUUAAGCGAGCACAUCAGACACAAACUAGCAGAGAUAACAUAUAUAGAUGAUUAUUUCGACCCCGAAGGAUCCCAGCAACCUCAAGAACAUCAAGACCACAACGUAAACUUAAGUGUAGACUUAAAGCCGACAGCAAGAUACGCGUUAUGAAUACGUAUGCCAGCGUUUUACGUAUGCAACCAAACAUGGGGAUUGCUUGGAGUUACAAUAUGUACACCUAUUUUUUUUUGUUCGGAUUAAUUAGAUAAUUUAUGUGAGCAAGACCACCGCCUAAGCAAAUACUGUAAACCCAAGUGGAUCGCAUAAGCGAUACCACACAAACGACUUAUCAACAGCAAGCAGACGAGACGGGCAAACGGUUCGGAUCGAAUGCUUGCUUUUCCUUUUCUUUUUUUUUUUUUGUUUGAACUCAACUUCAGACCAAGUUCUUCCCAAGCAAACCAAAAUUCUCAAGAUACAAAGGAGGAGGAGACCAGAGAAGAAUCUAGGAUAGUUACACUAAUCAAUUAACUGAUUAAUUUCAUGUAUUUUCACAUAUUUUUUUGUUUUUGCUCUAAGUUCUAGAUGCUAUAAGCGCUUCGUGUGGAGCAAAACAAACAAAACAAAAACAUUUGAAUACGAUUAUAAUUAUAUUAUAAUACACACACAAACACCUAUAUCUGGUCACUUCUAACCAAUUAUAACAAAACUGAAAAUAAUUAUGUAAUUAUAUUUUAAUUUAUGCUAGUAGUUUGUGGGUUGCGCAAAAAACUCAUCGAAUUAAGAAUAAACACUUGGAUAAUGAUGACGAGAAAAAUUGUACUAGGAUAAAGAGGUUUAUUUUUAAAGCAACAGGUUUAUGCGCGACUUUGGAACUAUUAUCAGAUGUAUACCUAACGCAUAUAUUCGUAUAUAGUAAUGUUUUUUUGUAUUUCGCAUUAGUUUUAUACAAAAUUAUAGAGAGCAACUUAAGCGUAGAUUUACAAACUUGUUCCUGUGUUGUUAAAAUCAGAAAGUAAAAAACAUAUUUAAGUUGAAACUUAACGAAGCAUACGCAUACACAAACACUCACACACAUUAACACAAGCAUACGUAUACAUAUACAUAAUGUUAAGGCAUCCAAACAAAGCAACAAACAAACAAACAAAAAUGAGCGAAUCAUAAGCAAUAAUGGAAUGUUUUCGUUGUAAAAGAGGUAAAAAUUAAACAAAGUAAUACUCACGUUGAACAUAAAAUAAACUAUCUAGAUGUUUUGGCGUGCCUUCACCCAUAAAUAGGAAAAAAAAAAACGAAAUACGAUAGCCAAUUGUACAAUCAUUGAAAUAGUACUUCCAGACCACAACUCUCAAACUUUGUAAAUAAUCCCAAAAUUGAUGUUUUCCAAUUAAACGUGAUUAAAGCCUCAUUCUUACAUCAACCUUAAAUUUCUUUUGUGCUUAACAUAAAACCAACUUUCAUAUCGUUCAACUUAUGCAUAAUCAAAAUAGCAAACAAAAAAUGGGGAAUUUAAGAGAAAUAUCAACGUUUUUUUUUUGUUUUUCUUUUCGUUUCUUCUACCAACCUAUAUAUUUUGAUUUGCAUAAACAAAAUCGAGAAAUGAAAAUGCCUUUAGGGAACAAAUAACUAGCGCGGAAUGGAAAGAGAUAGGUAGGUUUAGAUAUAGGUAUAGGGAAAGAGAAAAAGUAGGAUAUUGAACAGAUCGGAGCCGAAAUGUAUUUUUUUGUGUAUGCGAAUGUGGAUAGGUCGAGGUAGACCCGAACGUGUUACAAUUGCAAAAUUAACUAGCCACUAAGCCUAGCCCUAAGUUAGUUGAGAAACUGAAUACUAAAUUGUAAGCCAAAAUGCAUAUAGCAAUCUAAAAACCUAAUGGAACCUAACGAGAACCUAAACGUAAUCUAAAUGUACAUAAAAUAGUUGUUAACAAAUCACAAAAAAAAAACAAACGAAAGCAAGAAACCAACCAUAGAGUAAUAUCUUCACGUCUAACUGCCUUCGAAAAAAAAACAA